CUUCUUUUUUUUUUGUCUUUGUGCAUUGUGACCAAAAACAGUUGAAUAUUUUUUAAAGCCUGUAAUAUUUGGGACGCUCUCCGUAUCUACGAUCACUGCCGGGCUGGUCGAGGCUGUAGAUUCUUAAUGUAUACAAAUCGGGCAUCAUUCAGUCAUUCGGCAACUGGUUGAGGAAUACGAUACUUUCCCCCCGGAAAGUUGCAGCCGUUAGAUAGCUAGCCUGUGUGCAGAUUUGGAGCACAAGACAUGGCGACAAUCCACAAGUAGCCUAUUCCGGCUCGUUUAUUGCAAAACAUGCAAUGUAAUAACCUAGCUGCAAUGUAUUAAUAGUUGUUUCGGAACGGCUGUUAUUUUUCCGCUCGUACAUUAGGUUACAGUCGAGCGGGCGAAUUACAAGAGGAAAUUAGCAUUUUGUUGCAAAUGCAGGAAUGUUGGGACUUAAAUUCUCUUGAAUUCGUGCAGAUUACAUUUGCGGACACGCCAAGACGUUUGUAAGGUCCUCUGCGUAACCGGGGGGAAUUAAUAAGCCAUCUAUUAAAUUAAGUUUAUUUUCCUUUGUUGAAUUGAUAACCAAUCGUUUUAAGGACUUUGGUGAAGUUACUAGCACACACGUCUACACCGAGGAAGAGAAAUUGCAAACUGCAUCUACCUACAUCUCGAACCAGAUUUGGCGGCGUUAUCAGACUGAAACUAUCGGCACUGCUCAUGUGUUAGAGAGAGAUGUCACGCCAAGAGAAUCUGUUUAAACGGUUGUUAAAACCUGUCGCCUUAUCUUUCGUUGUGGUGUUGGCAAACGCUGUCGGAACAGCCACACAGGACGACGAGUUCAACGGAGAGGUAUGGCUGAGGACGUAUGGCUACUUGUCCCAGGCCAGCAGGCAGAUGUCCACGAUGCAGUCAGCCCAGAUUCUAUCCAGUGCCACAAAAGACAUGCAGCGCUUCUAUGGCCUGGAGGUCACUGGCCUGUUAGACACAGCCACUCUGAAAGCUAUGAAACGUCCACGCUGUGGGGUUCCCGAUCGCUUCGAGGAAUCAAAUGAAGGAAACGUCAGGCGGAAGCGCUUUGCUCUAACAGGCCAUAAGUGGGAUCAAGACAAAUUGACCUUCAGCAUUCAGAAUCAUUCCCCCAGAGUGGGCCAGGAGCAGUCUAAAGAUGCCAUCCGGAAGGCCUUCCAGGUGUGGGACAAGGUGACUCCUCUGCGAUUUGAGGAGGUCCUUUACCAUGACAUUAAAAAUGGCAGCGAGGGGCCGGAUAUUAUGCUGCUGUUUGCCUCUGGUUACCAUGGAGACAUGUCUCUCUUUGAUGGCGAGGGGGGGUCACUAGCUCAUGCAUUUUUCCCUGGUCCUGGGAUGGGAGGUGACACACACUUUGAUUUGGACGAACCCUGGACACUCAAUCAGCAGGAAGGAACAGGCGUUGACCUGUUCUUGGUUGCGGUUCACGAGCUUGGUCACACGCUGGGCCUGGAGCACUCCAGCAACCCCUCUGCCAUCAUGGCACCCUUCUACCAGUGGAUGGACACAGAGAACUUCUCACUCGGCGAGGAUGACAUCAGCGGCGUCCAGGAGAUAUAUGGCCCUCCUGAGACAGCAACCACUCCACCAUUGCCCACAACAACGACCUCAGACAGGACCACCACCGGAUCGGAGCCCACAUCCUCUGUGGCCCCAGCGAGGACCACCAGAGUUCCUGUAAGACCCACCCAGCCAUGGGUUCCCCCAGCCACUCGGCAGCCCCCCAGGCCCACAGGCCGCUCAGGCCAGGAUGCCCCAGACAUCUGCGAGGGGGACUUUGACACUGUUACUAUGCUGAGGGGGGAGAUGUUCAUCUUCAAGGGUCGCUGGUUCUGGAGGGUGAGGCGGAACCGAGUUCUAGAUAAUUACCCAAUGCCCAUAUCUUUCUUCUGGCUUGGACUUCCUGAGGACAUAGAUGCUGCCUAUGAACGGCAUGAUGGGAAAUUUGUGUUCUUCAAAGGCAGCAAGUACUGGCUGUUCAGGGAAGCUGAUGUGCUUCCGGGCUAUCCUCAGGAGCUGUCGCGGUACGGUCAGGGCAUGCCUGACCGAGUGGACACAGCCGUGUGGUGGGAGCCAUCUGGCUAUACAUACUUCUUCAGAGGAGACAGAUACUGGCGCUUCAGUGAGGAGGAGCGGGCGGUGGAUAAUGACUACCCAAGACCCAUCAGUGUGUGGGGCUCCAUCCCUGGAUCCCCAAAGGGGGCCUUCCUCAGUGAUGACGGAGUUUAUACGUACUUCUAUAAAGGCACAACGUACUGGCGGUUUGACAACAAGCGGAUGAAAAUUGAUCCGGGAUACCCAAGGUCCAUCCUGAAUGAUUUCAUGGGCUGUCGGGUUCACUAUAGUGCAGACCCAGGUACGGAUAAAAAGCCAGAACUCGACAGGCCAGAGAACAGGGGCCAUGACCAAGACACCAACGACUACAACGAUAACGACAUCAAUGAUGUCACCACCGAUGACGACAACCCUGAGGGAGAAGAUAAGGAGGUGAAUGUGGUGUUGCGGGAGAAGGAAGCUGACAACCAUGUCAUGACCCUCAUCCUGGUGACGGUUCCGCUGGUUCUGGUGCUGUGCAUUCUGGGAGUGAUCUACAUCAUCCUGACCACGUUGCAGAAGAAAGAGACUCCCAAAGUUCUGGUUCACUGUAGACGCUCCCUCCAGGAGUGGGUGUGAUGUGCAUGCACAAACACACACACACACACACACACACACACACACACACACACCCACGUGCGUGCACACACACUCACCCUUUGUCUCUUUUCUGCACACAGCUCAUGACGAGACACCCUCCUGCCCUUUUCAUGAUUAUGGUGCUCUACCCACUCAAGACUGUUCUGAACAGAUAAUUUGCACUUUCAUGUCUUUUUAAUGGUUUUAUCAUUUGUCUAGUGGUUCCUUUAUAUUGUGGUUCUUCUGUGUGUGUGUGCGUGCGUGUGUGCGUGCGUGUGUGUGAGUGUGAUAUGCAUGUGUGUAAAUGUCUGGGUCUUGUAUGUGUUUAAUAAGCAGACUUUGUCCUUCCCUAAUGAGCCCAAGCUUUAAAGCUGUGAGAGAGUCGGAUGUGCUCAGAAGUGUCCAAAUCAUCAAAGUUCUCACUUCCUAUAGUUUCUGCAAGAUGCGAAGGUCAGCCUGCAUGUGUAUGGACAUCCGAGAAAGGACCGGGAUAAAGUGUGGCUUGAAUUGAAUUGCACAUGCUUAGAAGGUUUACUGUCCAUGUCUGUGGGUCUACGUCUGGCUUACAUUACACCGUUGUUGCUGAGUUGAGGUUUUAGAGAGGGAGAGUGGAAGAGAGAGGGAGGGAGGGAGGGAGAU